UCAAAUCUCAGCGAUCGCUUGUGAGCCGGCUGGGUUCCCCUUCAAACAUUGGCGAGAGUUGGCUGAGCGUUUCUGAACCUUUGCAGAAGUUAGACUCGCCGGUGGGGAAAGGCACUCUUCCUAUACUACUGGGGCUAGAGAGCAUGAAACUUCAGGAUGUUGAAUGCCUCGUUCCCCAGAAAACUUCCCUAAAAAAAGCUCUCCCUCAGUUUAUUCCUCUUCCAUAUCCCUCUGGGCCCCAGCCGGUCUCCAUGCAAUUGAGCAGAUGCAGCUAUUAGAAAGCCUUUUUCAGGGGCUCCGGGGUGGCUCAGGUGGUUGGGCUUCUGCCUUCCCCGGGGCAUGAAAGAAAGACGUGAUAGCUAGGAUAUUUGGAGUUGAUGAGGAAACUCCAGAGAAUUCACUUUAGAUGGCUUGAGUGUAUUUGCACUAAAACAGAUUAAAUUACAGCUGCUCCACAAAGAAUACUGAAAGCAGAUGGAGUGCUAAACUUGGGCUAAAACAGCCACUCUUUCAUCCUCCUCAGAUCUAUGGGACAUCAAAGAUCUCUCUUGUAUUGGUAUUCAUUAUUCAAAUGAGAUUAAUUUGAAUAUCGAAGCUUUGGCUGUUUUUUUUUUAAGAUAGCUAAUUUUUUGAUAUGACAGCUGUUUCAAAAAAACCUUUUAAAGACUAACAUGAUCUACCAAAUCAAACUAAUUUUGGAAACAAAAGAGAUUAUAGGGUUCAUUCCCUAAAUGCUACAAUUGUUAUUAUCAAUUCUCCGAAAAGAUAUCCUUACGUGAAGCCUACCAUUGAAGUGAAAGAUUCUGUUCCUAAGAAAACAGUAGAAGUCAAGGACAAACAAACAUCCAACUCAGAUUUGCCAGCAGAAUGAAUUAGAAAUGACAUCAGAGGAAGAGCAAAAAAGACUUGAUGAAAGUGAAAAUAACCACCUACGGGAUAAAGGUAUUUCACAAACAUGUAUCCUGGCAGAAGAGACACGUGAAAAUCAAACCCAGCAAAUUAACGUUCCACUUUUGCAUCUGCAAAAAAAGUCUAGAGAACCAGAAAUGAAUAAGAAAUGUGAUAGAAAGGAUAAUAUAUCUGUAUAUUCAGAACAUCCUUCUGUGCAAAAGCGUGAGGAAAUCUCGAUCAAACAAGGCAAAUUAGUGUGGAAAAAUAAUCUAAAACACAUCACCAGUGAGUUAAAGCGGACGUUUGGUGCAACUUGUGAAAAACACAAAAUUGCUCCUUAUCCUAAGGAAGAGUCACUACGUGGUAACUUUAAAGAAGGAGCAAACUUAAUGGAAAUACUUUCUAACUUGACAAAUGAUAGACUUGAUUGUGAGAAAAAGGAUAUAUUUGCAGUGCCUGUCCCUCUAGUAGUUCAGGCAUUUCCUGAACAAAAAAAUUCUAGUCUCAAAUAUGCUUGCCAGGCAUCUUCUGAUUUUUCUUUAAGUGAAAAUAAAUCAGACUGUGAAAAUGAUAACAAACCAGACACUGAGCAUGUUUUUAACAAAAAUAAGAGUUUUAAAAGUGAUACAGAAACUAAAAAAGUAAGGAACCCACUCGCUACGUUUGAAGUGAAAGAAGACCAAGAGUUUGACGUGCAAAUGGCAAAAAAUAUGAACGAAAAUAGCACUAAUUCUAAAUUAGACAUUGGACGUAUACCUCAGUCUAGUGAUUCAGAAAGCCGUUUCGACAAAAGGUUUUCCCGCUCCAGUGAGAUGAGACAAAUGGCUCAAAUAAAAAGGCACCAUAGUUCUGCCGUUACAAACAUUUACAAGAAAACAAAAGUCUUGUUCCAGAAGCCAUUCUGUGCAGUUAAUAACAGUACUAAUAACUAUAGAAGUAUGGAACCCAAAUUAGAAAAUGUGAGUUCUUCUCCACCAUGUAGUUACAGAACAUCAGAAGUAUGUCUAAAAGAAGAAUUACAGCAAGAUGUUCAAAAGUUUAAGAACGAGAUAGGCAUGUUACAGAUAGACAUCCUGGAUGAGGAAAAAAAGAAAGUUCAACUUCAAAAAGAGAUUAAUGAAGAAAGGAAGAGACACCAAAGUAAUGAGACGACAGUAUUAGAAAACACAUAUGCUGUCGCUGCUGCUGCUGCUGGACUCAUUCAACAAAGAGAGAGUGGAAAAACUGAAAACCACCUCUUUCCUGUUGGGAAAAAGGAAGAUUCUGAUGGCAGGGGCCUAUGUCAAGCAGUGACGCAAGCAGGUAAGGUACUGCAGCCAGGAGACAUCGCCAGGACCCAAGUCAACUGACAACAGAGGAGGGCUGCAGAGACCCACAGCCGAUGAAAUCCCUUUAAACAGGAAAGGAUUUUGGCAGGAAGCUGUCAGUCUCUUCAGACCUGACCCCUCUAUGCCUGGCCACUUAAAAAAGGCAACUGCCACUGAAAGCUCUGCCCGAUGGAUCUCCGAACAGAACCGAGGUCCUUGCCUGCUUGAACAUCAGAAGCAGGCAGAGCCUAGGGUUGACCCAAACCAGACCGAGGCCUUAUCUCAAUUGCGCGCCCCCAGACUGACUUCGCGUUUGGUUCGUGGAACUUCCUACACCCUUCUGUUUAUCUAGUUUGCUGUGUGGCUUGUCUUCUGUCCUGCUUUGUAUGCUGUGUAAGAAGCCAAGUUUAAUCACAUGGUGAAAUGUCAUUGAGUUUGGAAUCCUGAACCUGCUUUAUAAUUGUGAUUUAACUUUGCUUUAUGAUUGAAUAAAGCUGACAUUGUGGAAAG